AUGAUGAUGAAGCUUCAGCAUCAGCCUCUUUUCUCACUCACACUUAUACUCAUCUUCCUUUCCCAUUGCCCCAAAAUCAUAUCCCAAGCUCCUGCUGCUGCUCCGGCAGCUCCUGCAGCCCCAGCUACCCCAGCUGCCCCAAUUGCCCCAGCUGCCCCAUCAAUUACAAGGCCAGCAGUUCCAGCACCACCAGCUGAUGCCCCUGCACCUGCAGGCCCAACCAACAUCACCAAAAUCCUUGAAAAAGCAGGUGGCUUCAAUAUCUUAAUCCGCCUUUUGAAAAGCACCCAAGUAGAUAACCAGCUCUACAAACAACUCAACAACUCAAAUAGCCAACUCACCGUUUUAGCCCCCACUGACAGUGCCUUCUCAAAGCUCAGCACAGGCUCACUCAACUCUUUGAGUGAUGAGCAAAAAGUCCAGCUCUUACAAUUCCAUCUAAUCCCAGAUUUUCUCACAAUCCAAAACUUCCAAACUCUCAGCAACCCAGUGAGGACCCAAGCUGGAGAUGGAUUUGAGUAUCCACUAAACAUUACCACAUCAGGCAGGGCAGUCAACAUAUCAACUGGUCUUGUCAACACCUCCAUUUCAGGCACUGUCUACUCUGAUAGUCAAAUUGCUAUUUACCAACUUGACAGUGUGCUCCAGCCUUAUGGUGUUUUUGCUCCCAAGCAUCACCCACCUUCACCAGCACCGGCUCCGGUGCAAGAGAAGCCUAAAAAGACGUCAUCAUCUGAUGACAGUCCCGUUGCUGAAUUUAAGAAGUCUGGUGCUGUGCUUACUCUGAUCCCCAAAUUUAAUGGCAUUGUCUCCAUUGCAGUUGCUAUGGUUGCUGCUGCAGCAUUAAGCUUUUGUUGA